GUGUGGAGCGCUGCACCCCGGUGACCACCUGCUGUCCAUAGACGGGACGUCCACAGAGCACUGCACAGUCCUGGAGGCUACGCAGCUGUUAGCGAGCACAAUGGAGCUGGCCAAGUUAGAGAUUCUCCCCUCGCAUCAAACGAGACUAACUGGAAAGCAACACGACACAGUGAAGGUCCAGAAAUCAGACCUUCCCCACAGCUGGGACCCCUGUGUGAACUACUGUCACCCCACAAACCCAACCCUCUGCAACACGAGUUCUACUCUCAACAAGUCCUGGACCGCCUCCAACAACAACACCAUCAACAGCCUGGACUACUGCAAGUCUCUGGUGUGUGCCAGCUUCUCUCCUGGUUCCACCACCACUUCGGGCCCCAGCAGUCAGAGCUCGAGCACGCUGCCCAGGCCGGCGGUUCCCAUGAGUCCUCGCAACUCGCUGCUCAAACGGCGGCAGAGAAAGAAAGACCACAAGAGCUCCCUGUCCCUGGCCUCCAGCUCUGUGGGUCCGGGUGGUCAGGUGGUCCACGUGGAGACCAGCGAGGUCAUCCUUUCAGGUGAUCCGCUCAACGGCUUUGGUGUUCAGCUUCAGGGAGGAAUAUUUGCCACGGAAACACUUUCUGCACCGCCGCUCAUCCGAUUCAUCGAACCUGACAGCCCAGCCGAGAGGUGUGGCCUGCUGCAGGUUGGAGACCGCCUCCUGUCAAUCAACGGGAUCCCCACAGAAGAUGGAACGCUUGAGGAAGCCAAUCAGCUUCUCCGAGACGCUGCGUUGACCAAUAAGGUCACUUUGGAGAUUGAAUUUGAUGUAGCAGAGUCGGUGGUGCCCAGCAGCGGCACGUUUCACGUCAAGCUGCCGAAGAAGAGAGGCGUGGAGCUGGGGCUCACCAUCAGUGCCAGUAAGAAACCAGGAGAGUCGCUCAUCAUCUCUGACAUCAAGAAGGGCAGCAUGGCUCACAGAACAGGAACUCUGGAGCCCGGAGACAAGCUGCUGGCCAUCGACAACGUCCGACUGGAGAACUGCUCCAGAGAAGACGCAGAGCACAUCCUGCAGCAGUGUGAAGAACUGGUCAAACUAAAGAUACGCAAAGAUGAAGACAACUCAGACGAACAGGAGACAUCAGGCAGCAUCAUCUACACAGUGGAACUGAAGCGCUACGGAGGCCCUUUAGGUAUCACCAUCUCAGGCACAGAGGAGCCUUUUGACCCCAUCACUAUAUCAGGCCUAACCAAGAGAGGCCUUGCAGAGAGGACAGGAGCCAUUCAUGUAGGGGAUCGGAUCUUGGCCAUCAACAGUGUGAGUCUGAAAGGCAAGCCGCUGAGCGAAGCCAUCCACCUGCUUCAGAUGGCCGGGGAGACGGUGACCCUGAAGAUUAAAAAACUCAUUGACAAUUUAGAAGAGAGGAAGACGGUGGAAGUGGAGGACACAGAGAAUGAGAUCAGUGACCCUGAAGAGGACGAUUUGACGGACAGCCAACAGACCAACAAACUAUCAGAGCUUUACUCCACAACGAUACCCAGCGUGGACUCCGCCAUGGAGUCCUGGGAUGGUUCUGGACUGGAUGCAGACUACGGCAGCCAGGGCACUUACAGUCAUCAGGGAGCCGGUGUCGUGCUCCACCCCAACGAAUGGCGCAGUGCCAAACAGCGCAGCACCACUCCCCCUGUUGGACAAAGGAAGAACUACCCGUUCAGUGACGGGGGCUUCAGCGAGGAUGACUGGGACAAACCGUCAGGGUUUCUGGGACAAACAGAUGGUAUUCUGCUGGAUCCAGACGACAGUUUCUGGUGUCAGGCUCUGGAGGAUCUGGAGACCUGUGGCCAGUCAGAACUGCUCAGAGAGAUCGAGGCGUCCAUCAUGACGGGCACAGCCAUCAGUCUGGGUGUGGACGGUGUCAACAAGCCUCCUGUAGAGCCCAUCCUGAGCCACAGCAGAAUGAGCCCCCUGCGGAGAAAUUCACUCCUUCAUCAGGGAAACCUGCUGCACCAGAACACACACCUCCACCAGAACACACACCUCCACCAGGGCAUCCACCUGCACGAGGAGGCCCACCUGCACGAGGAGGCCCACAUUCACCAAGACUCCCACCUGCACGAGGAGACCUCGUUCAACCAGGACGCACACCUGCACCUCGGAGCCCACCUCCACCAGGAGAACCAGUCCCCUCUCCUGCACCACGAGCAGAAACCGAAGGCCUCGCUGAGAGCGUCGGAGAGGACGUGGGAGUCUCGUCGGAUCAAAGAGGAGAUGCAGGGGAUUCUGUCCCCGACUCCUCUGGAGCUGCACAAAGUAACGGUGAUAAAGGACCCAGAGAGUGAUGAUUUUGGCUUCAGUGUGUCGGACGGCUUCUUGGAGAAAGGUGUUUAUGUGAACAUGAUCAGACCUGACGGUCCAGCUGACAGGGCUGGACUGAAGCCCUUCGACAGGAUCCUGCAGGUAAACCAUGUGAGGACGAGAGACUUUGACUGCUGCCUGGCAGUGCCGCUCAUCACAGAGGCUGGAGACAGACUGGAGCUGGUCAUCAGCCGAAACCCAAUGGCCAACGAUAAUCCAGAGGACAAUAACAACACUUUGGACCACCCGCUGGACCUGUAACGCACACGCUACACCCCCCGAAAUCCAGCUGCUCUGCUUCAGAAAACACUGAUGUGUCCUUCUUUUCUGUGCGUUCAGGUAUGCACUGAAGCCUUUCACUUUUUUAUUUUUACAGUUUGAACCAGCUGGUGCACAUUUCACUGUACACACUUUGUUUUUUUAGGAUUCUGGGCACUUUAUUGUCUCUUAAAUCGGACUGAAACCAGUGAAAAAUAAAAGCCCUCGAGAAAAGAAAGACUUUUAUUUCCUCACAAGGACUUGUUACUUAAACAAAAAGCACACUGUUGAAAACAACGUACUGUAUUUUCUUGUACAACUCAACAAACUUGCAUCAUAUGCAGCCGAGUGGCCAAAAGAUGAAAACAUUGAUGUAAAGCAAGAAAAAAAAGAAUGCAAGAAAAGCCUUCCAGAAGUGAUGUUUUGUUUGUGUACUGUGUGUGUGUGUGCGUGUGUGCGUGCGUGCAUGUAUGUAUGUGUGUUACUCCAUAUGCAUUUCUAGAUUAGUUUAAAGCCCAAUCCAGAACCACAAAACUCCAGUUCACAGCUGGUGUUUUACUGCUAUAAAGUUAUUAAUGACAUUUUUACACUUGAUUGGUUGAAAUGAAAACAUUUCAAAUAUUUAAUUUAACUGUUUCACUGUGAGGACUCUGUUCUUGUUGUAAUGAGUGUUUAAGCCACAAUGUAAAGAGUAUUUAAUCUAAUAAAGCAGUUUAUUUGACAGAUAGUUUGGUGACACCGGCUGGUUGUCGUUACAGACUGAACCCACAGGACCAGUUCUUAUAUAAUAACAGUUCUUACAUCAUCAGCUGCAUUUAAGGAGCUUUUAGAUCCCUGGCAGUGUUCUGUGUUUGGAUCCACGUGUUUUACAUGGUUCAUCUGAGCAGAAAACUUUCAGAGCAUCAGUCUCCCUCUAAAAGAUGCACAUUUAAAUCUCUUCAGUGAAAUCACUGCAUUUUUUCAUUUCCUGUUCUGCUCAGACGGAGAACUUUAACUCUUUAAGGUUGUUUUUGUGCUGCAGAGCCAGUUUAAGUGUUUUUAGGUCGUUAAGCUGUGUUUUUGUGUGUUUGUAGCACACACGGCUGCUGUGAUGAGUGUUUACCAGAAUCUUCAAUCCUCUGAUUAACUAUUACACAGCUUCCCAGAAAACUGAAAGUGACAGUUAAACAUGUUUAGAGCUAAUCAUUAACCAGGAUAAAUGUCCACUGUCCUGUCAGCGAACCAUUAAAGUAACGAAUAACUGACACACAAACUCAGCUCUGACUCUGAGGAGUCCAGCUGGAUCCUUAUGAGGUGCCCUUUGUAACGUUACACAGUCAAAAAUUACCACCAAUAUUUUUGUUUUAUUUAGUCUUUUAUAAGAAAAAAAGAAUAGAUUUA